GUAAGACUGCUUGUCAGGCUUUUUGUCUGACUACCCGUAAUAACGACUGCCAAAGAUGUUACCUAUGUUGAAUAUUGUAUGUAAAGAUCUUAAUAAAUGUGAAGGUAAGUUUACUGAAAACCGUGUUUCCAAGCGCGAGAAUCUGCGUUCACGACAGUACCUAUGCCAUUACUAACUUGAUUGAACAGUGUUUUUUCCUAAAAUACAACACUUCGAUAACGCGAAAUAAUUUCUCGCAUUUCGUGUAUUCGUUAGUAGACAUGGCUAGUAUAAGAAGUUUAAAGAAAAUGUUACGCCUCCUCCUGUUUUACAUUCUUCUUCAAAGCGCUGCCGCUACUCUCGAAAAUGACCACAAAGACAACAGCGUACCAGAAAUGGGUACCGAAAAAACAUCAUAUCGAGACAAAAUAAUGUCUGCCUUCAAAAUAUUAUAUACAAUACGCUCUUUGAAUAACGCGACGGGUAACGAACAGUUAGAUUCUGUAUUAACUACAGUAACGGAAGUCUUAGACCAAAUACGAAACGACUUUUUGGAAUUAAAUGAAAACGGCUUUCUAGAAAUUGAAAUUCCAGAAAAACAUGGCCGCCACAGACGAGAUGUCAGUAACGAAACCACAGAGACGACCAGCGUUGAGAAUAACGUUAAUGACAGUAACGUUACUACUACGGAAACCCCAGUAACGGUUACAGAAACUGUUACAACUACUACAACUUUAUUACCGAAAGAAGUGAAAGAAACUAAUUCUACCAAAAAUGAAAAUGGUAGGCGCAUGUUAAGCCUAUCAGCUUCUACAAAAAUGAAAGCAAAACUGCUCUCAUAUUUAGAAGAUACAUUCGCUGAAGUAGAAAUGAAAAUUAAACCGUUAACUAGUAUAAAAAUAAAGUUAUCCAAUGACAAUAUUUAUAGGAUAGGUUAUAUUAUAGCGACAAUUGAUACUUUGGAAGUUAAUUUGAAAAAAAUGAGGACGGAUAUGGGUUUAAAUCAAGAUCUUUGGAGCGAUGAGAAAAUUAUAGAAUUGUUUGAUAGAAUCAAGGCCGCUAGUACUGCUGCUACGAGACUUAUUGAUACUUUGAGGAAAUAUUUACCGUGAUAGAAAACUUUUAAGUUAUCUAUAUACUCCCUUCGAGUGGGCACUACUAAAGACAAACAAUCUUGAUAUUUUAUUUUUUAGUUUAAAAAUAAAUAAAAUGUACCUAUAUUUAAUAUGAUCUAUACUGUAUUUACAAUAAUCAAUUGAUAAAUUAU